UCAGCGCAUGCUCAGUAGGCUCAGCGCCGAUGUAUCGCAAUGGCUGCCUCUGCAGCAGGAAUAAACAAGCAGGUCUCACUGACUACCAUGGAGCCGUGCGUUCGCCACGGUCGGGUGGCCAACGGAGGCACCGUCAAGGUGCUGGAGUGCGGCGUGUGUGAAGACGUCUUCUCCCUCCAAGGCGACAAGGUGCCCCGCCUGCUGCUGUGCGGGCACACCGUGUGCCACGACUGCCUCACCCGGCUACCCCUGCACGGCCGGGCGGUCCGCUGCCCCUUCGACCGGCAGGUGACAGAGCUCGGUGACUCUGGAGUGUGGGGUCUCAAGAAGAACUUUGCUCUGCUGGAGCUUCUCGAGCGACUGCAGAACGGCGCCACCAACCAGUCGGGAAUGGCAGAGGACGCUCUGAAGGGAAUGGGCGAGCAGUGCAUCAUCCGCUGCGAUGAGGACGAGAGCCACACGGCCACCAUGUACUGCACCGUGUGCGCCACCCACCUGUGCGCCGAGUGCUCGCAGCUCAGCCACUCCACGCGCACGCUGGCCAAGCAUCGGCGCGUGCCGCUGGCUGACAAGCCGCACGAGAAGACGCUGUGCCCGCAGCACCAGGUGCACGCCAUCGAGUUUGUGUGCCUGGAAGAGGCGUGCCAGCCCGGCCCGCUCAUGUGCUGUGUGUGCAAGGAGUAUGGCAAGCACCAGGGACACAAGCACGCCGUCCUGGAGACGGAGGCCAACCAGAUCCGGGCCUCCAUCCUGGACAUGGCGCACUGCAUCCGCACGUUCACGGAGGAAGUGUCGGAGUACUCCAGGAAAUUGGUAGGGAUUGUGCAGCAGAUCGAGGGCGGCGAGCAGAUCGUGGAGGACGGCGUGGGCAUGGCGCACACGGAACACGUGCCCGGCACGGCGGAGAGCGCUCGCUCCUGCGUGCGCGCCUACUUCGCCGACCUCCACGAGACGCUGUGUCGUCAGGAGGAGAUGGCGCUCAGCGUGGUGGACGCCCACGUCCGCGAGAGGCUCAUUUGGCUGAGGCAGCAGCAGGAGGACAUGACCAUCCUGCUGUCCCAGGUGUCCACCGCCUGCCUGCACUGCGAGAAGACGCUUCAGCAGGACGACUGCAGAGUCGUACUGGCCAAGCGGGAGAUCAACUGUCUGCUGGAGACGCUUCAGAAGCAGCAGCAUCAGUUCACGGAGUUAGCUGACCACAUCCAGCUGGAUGCGGGCAUCCCGGUCACCUUCACCAAGGACAACCGCGUACACAUCGGUCCCAAGAUGGAGAUCCGCGUGGUGACUCUGGGCCUGGAUUGCGCUGGCAAAACCACCAUCCUCUUCAAGCUCAAGCAGGAUGAGUUCAUGCAGCCCAUUCCCACCAUUGGUUUCAAUGUGGAGACGGUGGAAUACAAGAACUUGAAAUUCACCAUCUGGGACGUCGGUGGAAAGCAUAAGCUGAGGCCAUUGUGGAAACACUAUUAUCUUAACACUCAAGCGGUGGUGUUUGUUAUUGACAGCUGUCAUCGGGAUAGACUGAUGGAGGCGCACAGCGAGCUGGCCAAGCUGCUGACUGAGAAGGAGCUGAGAGAUGCCCUGCUCCUCAUCUUUGCCAACAAACAGGACGUUCCCGGUGCCCUUUCAGUGGAGGAGAUGACGGAGCUGCUGAGCCUGCACAAGCUGUGUUGCGGCAGGAGCUGGCACAUUCAGGGCUGCGACGCCCGCAGCGGGAUGGGUCUCCACGAAGGCUUGGAUUGGCUCUCCAGACAGCUGGUGGCCGCGGGCGUCCUGGACGUGGCCUAGAAUGUCCCGCGGACAUCGGCGGUUUGAUGACACCCCGGGAGUGCUUCUCUGCGAACAAAAACUUGACGGUACACGUUGGAAGAGCUUUGACACGUACUACCGCUGUGUUCCUCCGAGGGGAGACACUGAGCUACUGAAAAAGCCCACCACCUCCCCACCCCACAAGAAGGUUUUUUUUUUUUCUUCUUUUGGGGUGGGCUUUAUGCACCAAUCCAGUAUGGAAAGCAGGAUAUGGGGCAGAGCGAAUAAGUGCUCAUUCUUAAUAUUGUUAGCCCAGUAAUGUGAUUGCCUUUUUUUUUUUUUUUUUUUUUUUUACACACACACUUACAGACUUAUGUGAUUCCGAAAAUAUUUUUUUGUUGUUUUUCCAAAAUGUUUAGAUAUGACUCAGGCAACUCUGCUAUUAAGCUAACAAUAUCCAGCGUAAUCGUAAUUUCUUUGUCCUCACUAGUAGAGAGUUCAGUGCACUAGUAAAACAACGUCGUGCUGUAAAUUUUUUUUUUUUUUUUUGCAAGGCCGCUAUCGCUUUGGGCUUACUAGUGUGAAACUUAACAUUAAGUAAACUACUGUGCUGCACUCAUGACACUGACAACUUGUAGAUGCAUGUGUCAUGCACGAGUAGCCACGUGCAACCCACAAGCGGCACCACAGUCCAAUUUUGGAAACGGAGGAUUUCUUCGAUUGAAUCAUAUAAAGGUAGAGGAAUUAAUGUGAAUAUUGCACCCUAGGGUUUUCUUUCUUUUUUAACAAGUGAGGACAAACAGCGUACUAGUUACAUGGACCUUAAAGCUGGAUUUCAGUCAUUGAAUAAAUGCUUGGUGCAGGGAGGUACGCUAUAGUAGCUGAUGUUUCUUGGGGAAGUGAAUUCUAUUUGGGUUUGUGCUCUCUGUUACAGAACAAGUUUACUGACAAUAUUUAUUGUAUUGAAUUCAAACGUUUUUUUUUUCCUUUUGCACAUUAACAUUGAGCAAAGGCACUUGCUGUCUGCUGCCUCGCUGUCGUCGGGCAGGCAAACUUUCGAGCGCCUCCUUCCAGUAUUGACGUGACGACUGGACGCUCUUGCGGAAAACGUUGGACAAGCUUAAUCCGUCAUGCGAUGUGAACCUGUGAACUCCCCCCCUCCUGCCACUUCAUCAGCAAGUACACACAACCUUUGAGUUUAUUCAUUGCUAUCUACAGUAAUGUUAACUACUUGUGUAAAACCACCACCCCCCCACCAAAAAAAAAAAGUAACUACAAUAAAUGUCAGUGUGAAAUGCUUUUUUUCCCCUCCCGCAUAGUUGACAAAAAUGUAGAAGCACAAUGCGCCUCAACACCUCUUGUUACCAUUUGACUCUAAGACGGCUUUUUUUGGUUGUAAAUUAUUCGUAUUGUGAUGCUGUCAAAUAAACUGACUGAUCAUA